AUGGCUCUUCAGGAUGUGUGUGGUUUUGCAGACACCUUUGAUGACAUCAGCCCAUGCACUCCAAAUGAGAUGGGAACUCAUUGGAUGCCACAAUCAGAGUUUGAGACUCCUUUUCAUUUUCUUUUCCUCCCUCAACAGAACAGCAGAACCCACGGAGUUCCAUCUCUGUCACCCCAUCAACGACCUUUCCAGUUAUCACAUGGCACCACCACUCUGGGCUUUACAUUUCAAGGUGGCGUAAUAGCUGCUGCGGACACGCGUGCCAGCUGUAAGGGACUAAUCUGCUGCCCAAUAAGUCAGAAAAUUUUACCCAUCCAUUCUCACCUGGUUGUCACAACUUCAGGUAGCGGUGCAGACUGCAUGCUAUGGGAGCGAAUCCUCACCCGUGAAAUGAGGCUCUACCAGCUUCGUCAUCGCAGGAGAUUAACAGUCAAUGGUGCUGCAAAGCUUCUCUCCAUGAUGCUUCAUCCAUUCAAAGGCACUGAAGUAUGCGUGGCGGCAACUUUAUGUGGAUGGGAUGGAGAAGAUGCCCAGAUAACACCGGAAACUCUUCAGACCAGCACGAAAGCAGAUGUUAAGAAACACAACUGGCAUUUAUCUAUUUCAGCUGAUAGACUAAACAGUGAGACAAUGUCCACAACAAAUCAGCAGGAGAUCCUAAAAGAUGCUAAUGUGCCACAUCCAUCAGUGUCAGAUCAAAAUCCAGAAAGCACGAUUUCAACUACCGCAGGACAGCUUGGUCCCAGGGUGUGCUAUGUGUGCAGUGAUGGCUUGCAACUAAAAGGAGAUAUCAUCUCAGUGGGCUCUGGGUCACCAUAUGCAUAUGCUGUCCUUGAUGAUGGUUGGAGAUGGGGAAUGAGUGUGGAUGAAGCUGUGGCACUGGCACGGGAGGCUGUUUUUAGAGCCACACGCUGGGAUGCUUACUCUGGGAAUAAUGUGGAUCUUUUCCACAUCACUGCCCGUGGCUGCAGGCGCAGAGACAGAGAGGACCUGAAGGAGGAGUAUUACAGAGAGAAAGAGAGAAUAAAGGAGAAAAUCAAAGAGAGGGAGAAAGAGAGACAGAAAAAAGAUGAGGUUGAGCUGGAUGAAGAUGGAUAUGAUAAAAUCAUUACACCGAGAAUAGGAAGAGAAGAGGCACAAAAAUGAAAAGUAAUU